AUGGAGUUCAUUACAGCCCUCAGGGGCACCUUUGACGGCCAGAAGCCCUCGCUCUUCGAGGUGCUCUCUGAACAGCAGCUCAACGGCCUGCUGCCUCCGACGCUGCGAUACCUCCUCGUCGUCGCUACCCACCGACAUCCGCGAUACCUGCUCCGGAUCCUCAACUCCUUUGACGAGCUGUACGCGCUGGUGAUGCUCGCCGUCGAGCGCCACUACUUGCGCACCCGUGGAGGCUCGUUUACAGAGAAUUUCUACGGCCUGAAACGCGAAAAGGCCCUGCAUGGCGAAAUCCCGAGAGCGAGCCUCGCAGCGCCGCAUUUGGUUCGCGAGACGUUGAAGUUGACAACCAAGGACGUGUGGCAGAAUCUGGUGGUUCUGGUCGGCGUGCCGUAUCUGAAGAGGAAGCUGGACGAGUCUUACGAUAUCAACGCGCCCAGAGCGCUACUCGGCGCGGCAUACACGCGAAUGCCAGACAACCCGACUUUGCGCGAUCGAUUCAUGCACUACUACCGGUGGUUUCUGCGCAAUAUCUACCCACACGUAAACGCAGCCUACGGCUUUGCCAUGCUGGCCUUUAAUCUGGCCUACCUAUUCGACCGAACGAAAUACCACAAUCCGUUGAUGUGGCUGAUUGGGACGAGGCUGCGGCGGAUGACCAUGGCAGACUACCAAGCCAUCGAGAAGCUGUCCGAGCCCGCGGCCAAUGCCGCCAAGCCUGGCCUUCGAUCUCUGCUAUCCACGCCCAAGGAGUUGGGCUCCAGAGUCAUGUCAAGCCUAUCCAUGCUGCUGCCUAUGAGUAUCUUUGCGUUGAAGUUCCUAGAGUGGUGGUAUCAGUCAGAUUUUGCGAAGCAGUUGACACGAAAGGCAGCUGAGAGCAUCGAGUUGCCUCCUCCGAUAGUCUCUGGAAAGUCAUCCUUUGGCAAGAAAAAGGCUGUAGACUCAGAUAAGGCCGAAGAGAAGGAGGAGGAGUCAAAAGAGAUGGCCAUUACGGAAAAGGAGGCCCCAAUUGCAACGCCAUCCAUGCUUCCCAUCUUCGUCGUUCGAUUCCCCGAAGACUCGUCUCUAUGUCCCAUCUGCGUCGAUGAGAUUGUCACGCCGACAGUUUGCCAGACUGGUGUUGUCUAUUGCUACACAUGCAUCCACCGAUGGAUCGAAGGCAUGCAUCCCAAGCAAGAGGAGUUUAUGGAAGACCGCGAAGGCAAGUGGGAGAGCGGCCAGGGUCGUUGCGCCGUCACUGGAAAGCGAGUUCUCGGCGGAACCGAAGGCCUGAGGAGAAUCAUUGUAUAA